GAACAAAGAUGGCGUUCACGACGGUAUCACGAACAAAGCCUGGAGAGAAUUAAAUUUAGAAAUGUGAAUUAAAAAAAAACGUUAAAACUGUGAAAAUAUUUUUAAAAAAGGAGUAUUACCAUGUGUAAAUUAAAAAAGUAUUACGCCAAAUAACCGUUGGCUAUUGCUGUGGAUGUUUUGCUUAAACCAAAAUAUACAGACAUACCUAUAUAAAGUUUGUGUGUUCGUGGUCAAAAGAAAUACAAAUUGGUUAAUUCAGACGGUUCGGUAGUUGAGAGAAAGUGUACAAGAAUAGUAACUCACCGACAAUAAAUCAACGGCAAUUAAAAUACUUAAAUUUAGUUUCAGUUUUUGAAUAGAAUAAGCUGGUCAGCUAUCAUUCAUAAAUCACAAAGAAUGGCGACCAGCGAUGAUGAACCAAUGCACUUGUAUGAAGUGUUUCAAAACUGUUUCAACAAAAUAGCAAAUAAGCAACCCCCAGGAACAGUAGGAACUGAACGGGGAGGGGGUUACCACUCACCAUAUGGAGGCCUUGCUGGGGAAAACGGAAUAUACCCAAGUGACUUUAAUUCCAUUCAUGAUGCCAACGGAAGCAAUCAUAGGUUUGCGAAUACAUCAACGGUUGACCAGUAUUUUGAUUCCGGCCCAACUAGUAGCGCAGGAUGGUAUCAAUCACAAAUGCACAGCAGCUCUAAUUAUAUGGGCCAAACAUCUUAUCAAAGCAAUGCACCAAUAUCUUCACAUACUAUGGAUCAUCAACAAGUGCAUAAUACUGAGGGUUUAUCAAGUACGAGUAUUGGAAUGCAAAUGGGUGGUGAAAGUGGCCAGAUUGGUGUGCACAGCCCGGUAUCGACAUCUCUUCCGCCUAUGAGCUCUUUUCGGGGUGGAUCUGGUAGUUUACCAAACAUUGGAGCAACGACAGUGCUCUCCCCAGCAGUGUACAAUUCACCACAACACAAUCAAACAGCAGUGCAAGCACAACAUAGCUCUCUGUCUUCUGCUGGGCCAAUUGCCCAUCAUUCCCUGAAUCAUACACCGCUACCUCACCCACAUUCCCAUCACAAUCAACAACUAAGUCCUGCAAUGCAAAACACCGACGGAUUUGGUGGAAUAGGUGUGAAAGUAUCUGGUGCUGGUAAUUCUUCGGCAGCGUCAUUGCGUCAGCAAAUAUACAUGUCGGCUGCAGCAGCCGACCAGAGUAGCAGCUUUAGUUCAAACCCAUCAACACCUGUUAAUUCACCACCUCCGUUAACACAAUCUGGAGUUGGAGAUGGAACUGUUUCUGGGAACGCUGGGUGGAGCCAUUCUGUCAUGAAUGGCAGUGGUGCUUCAAAUUAUACAAGCGAUAUGGUGCCUGUAACCAGCUUACAUACCAUGGCUUCUGUUUUUCAAGGCGCACGUAUGGAAGAACGCUUAGACGAUGCUCUCAAUGUUCUACGAAACCACUGCGAACCAGAAAUGUUAUCAAAUGUUAAUACAUCUCUUAAUUCAAUGGACAAUACUGAAACGUUAUCUUCCUUUGUGGCCAAUUCACCUUCGUCCCAUCUAGUUGGUGGUAGCUCCACUGGAAAUGCCGCACUAGUACCUAACUCAUCAAAUACCAUUACGCAUGAGGUUCUAUCAUUAAAUACACCAGCUGCUGGUGCAACUGCAAUUCAAACAAUCGGAGGUACUGGCUUGUCAAAUAUUAAAAUGGAACGAAAUGCAUCGACGUCAACAUCCGCAACAACAAAACCAACUAAAAAACGAAAAGAGCAAAUUGUAAUCAGUAAUGUAGGUGCAGGUGUGUCUACAAGUUCUAGCAUUUCUAACCUAGAAAUUUCUGAUACAAAACCUACAAGCUCUUUGGAACCUUCAAACGCAUCACAGCUUCAACAGCUUUCUCAGGUUACAAAAGGUUCAAAAAGACCACGUAGGUAUUGCUCCUCUGCUGACGAUGACGAUGACGCCGAGCCAGCUGUGAAGGCUAUACGCGAAAAGGAACGUCGUCAGGCUAAUAAUGCUCGCGAACGCAUUCGUAUACGUGAUAUUAAUGAGGCUUUGAAAGAACUGGGACGCAUGUGUAUGACACACCUGAAAUCUGAUAAACCUCAAACUAAGCUGGGUAUCCUUAAUAUGGCUGUAGAGGUAAUUAUGACACUAGAGCAGCAAGUCCGAGAACGAAAUCUGAAUCCGAAGGCUGCAUGCUUGAAGCGUCGAGAGGAAGAAAAAGCGGAAGACGGGCCCAAAUUAAAUAUCCAACAUCACAUGAUACAACAGCCAUCUGUUAGCACCGUCGGGAAUAACUAUCAUCACACCCAGACUUCACAACUUGUGCCCCUACCCUCCCAGACCAUAAGCAGCAUGGCCCUCCCAGCUAAUCAGACUAGUAACGUUUUACCACCACAUUUACAACCACAACAGCAAAUUGCUCAACAUCCACAAUAACAUGAUGUCAGCAGUGACCUAAAAUCAUCACCAUCUUCCAUUACAGCUCAAUUGAUCCCACAUUCUACAAAGUACUCAUCAGCCUUUGAGCUAGACCAACAUUUAUUAAGCAAUUUUUUGAGACGUUAUCAUGCAACCCAAACAAUUUCUGAAACAAUGCCUCCUUUACAACACCCGCAGUUUUAGCUUAUUUUCUACUAUCAUGAAUUUUAAGCACCUAUAUAUACAAUUUUUAUCUUUAUCAAUUGUAUAUACUUUUUAUUCCGGUUGACGGGGUAAUAUUAUUUAUAGGUUUUUGAAUUGUAAAUCCAUACAAUAUGUUGGACCCUUCUUUUAAACUUUCAUUCAUUCAUAAAUGUAUAAUUAGGUAUAUUUAGGUUAAUAAAAAAUCCAAUUUCAUAUAUACA